AUGACUGAAAUGAGCUACACGCUGGAGCAGAAAUACAUGUGCACUGCUAAGGAGUGUACCAAAGAAUUCACUUCUAUUGGCGAUUGGCGUAUCCACGUGGAAGACUAUUUCUUCGAUGCCGGGCGCAUAUGUCUCUACGAUAGCUGCGGUGAAUUCUUCCCAGCCAGCUCCAAUGAGUCGCUUGCCCAUCGGUCUCAUCUCUACCUCAAGCAUCAUGUCGAACCGUGCCGCACGGAAGAACUGAGAGAAGCCUUUAUCGAUAAGAACUUUUGCUCUGUUGCGGAAGGAAGGAUGUGGUGCUCUCUUUGUCGCAAAAUGCUGGAAUUGGACAACCGUGCGGAGGUCCUCGACCAUUUCCAAGGGCAUAUCUGGGAUGGAUCUCAAUUCAAGAUCCCUGGGCAAACGAAAUAUCCAGACACCAACCGAGCGAGGAAGGAGCUAGUCGAAAGAUCAGCAGAAUCAGCGAACGAAGGCGACUAUUAUGUAAUCGAUCUCGCUCGGCGCGGAACUAUUGUAUGGAUACCCCCUGCUGAGAGAAAGGGGGUUUUUGACGGUCGGAAUACUGCCUGCACGGAUGAAAUUCUCGGACUGGGAAAGGGCAUGAGCAUUGAUCUAGAGCUAGCACUUGAGCAGGAUAGGAAUGAUCACCAUGUUUAG